AUGGUGUCGACCGACUUUGGAAAUUUCAACAACUUUUGCGAGGACUCCACCUUGCCAGUGUGUAACCUGUUCUCGGGGCCGAGACACGAUCAGAAUGGCCCCUGGGGAGGGUGCCAACUCACGGGAAUCCCCUUGAGCAAUAAUCGUCAUUUGGCCAAUUUGGGCUCAAUCCUUCUCUGCGGCGCCGCCAUUGCUACUUCGCUCGUCCUGCUGCUAAGAUCCGAGAGGAAACGGGCGGCUGUUGGUCGCAGGGAAAUGCAAAUAUUUCUAGCUGGGUACAUCAUUAUUAGCGCAUGCGAAAUUUUCUCCGUCGGCGGCUUCCCCCUCAACCCGACCGCUCGAGUGGUCUUCAGCGCGAUCCACAUUGGCGCGAUCAUUGCUACCACUUGGAUUCUGAUGCUUAAUGCUGUCAUUGGUUAUCAACUAAUUGACGAUGGGACGCCGCUCUCCGUGGGACUGCUCCUCGUUUCCGCCGCCGUCUUGUUUAUUGGAACUGGAUACGUUGCGCUCGAUACUGGUCUCCGGUGGACCGGCUUCUGGAAUAGCAGCUACGACUCUCCCAACCGAAACAUUGCCCUCUACGUCCUAUAUCAGCUUGUUCCUCUCAUUUUCCUCGUCGCGUUUUUCGUCCUGGAGGCCAUCCUGGUCCUUCGCAUACUCGGCGAGCUUCGACCCAUGAUUUAUCUUACGGUUGCCGCUUUGCUUUUCGCCGCUGGUCAGGUCUUCAACUACGCUAUUAGCAAAUAUAUUUGCAGCGGCACGAGCGGUGCGAUUGACGGAGCCUUGUUUGAGACGCUGUUCACCCUGCUGUCCGUCGUUGCUGUUUGGAUCUUCUGGUCCAGCAUUACCGAGGACGACUGGCCAAUGCAAAGCGGCGCUUCAUACGACUAA